AUGUGUCCAGAUCAAGCCAAAACCUUUACAUUCCACACUGCCAUGGCUCCACCCCACCCCCACCUGUUCUCCUUUGUGGAAUGUGAGCAGUGUGAGGAGACGUCAUACCAGAAAUUGCCACAGGAGUUGGAAACCAGGAAGGAGCUGCUCACUGGCCAUCAGAUUACACAUACUGGAGACACCCAUGAGGAACAUCAGAGGACCCACACUGAAGAAAAGCCACAUCAGUGUUUGCAGUGUGGAAAGGCUUUUACACAUAAGUAUAACCUUAAGAAACAUCAGAGGAUCCAUACUGGAGAAAAGCCACAUCAGUGUUUGCAGUGUGGAAAGGCCUUUACACACAAGGGUGAUCUCAAGAAACAUCAGAGGAUCCAUUCUGGAGAAAAGCCACAUUUGUGUUCUCAGUGUGGAAAGGCCUUUACACAUAAGUUUCAUCUCAAGAAACAUCAGAUGAUCCAUUCUGAAGAAAAGCCACAUCAGUGUUCUACAUGUGGAAAGUUUUUCAGGACAGGCGACGAUCUCACUGUGCAUAAGAUCACACACACUGGAGAAAAGCCGUAUCAGUGUUCUCAGUGUGGAAAGGCCUUUACACAGAAGGGUAAGCUCAAGCUACAUCAGAAGAUCCAUACUGGAGAAAAGCCACAUCAGUGUACUGAGUGUGGAAAAGCCUUUACACAGAAGGGUAAUCUCAAGAUACACCAGAGGACCCAUACUGGAGAAAAGCCAUAUCAAUGUUCUCAGUGUGGAAAAGCCUUUAUUAAUAAGUACACUCUUAAGGGACAUCAGAGGAUCCAUUCUGGAGAAAAGCCACAUAAGUGUCUGCAGUGUGGAAAGGCUUUUACACAAAAGGCUUAUCUCAAGAUACAUCAGAGGAUCCAUACUGGAGAAAAGCCACAUCAGUGUUUGCUGUGUGGAAAGGCAUUUACACAUGCAAAUAAUCUUACAGUACACCAGAGGAUCCAUUCUAGAGAAAAGCCACAUCAGUGUUUGCAGUGUGGAAAGGCCUUUACACAAAAGGGUGAACUCAAGAACCAUCAGAGGAUCCAUACGGGAGAAAAGCCACAUCAGUGUUUGCAGUGCGGAAAGGCUUUUACACAUAAGCAUAAUCUUCAGGAACAUCAGAGGAUCCAUUCUGGAGAAAAGCCACAUCAUUGUACUACAUGUGGAAAGGCCUUUACACAGUUGUCUCAUCUCAAGCUACAUCAGAGGAUCCAUUCUGGAGAAAAGCCACAUCAUUGUACUACAUGUGGAAAGGCCUUUACACAGUUGUCUCAUCUCAAGCUACAUCAGAGGAUCCAUUCUGGAGAAAAGCCACAUCAUUGUACUACAUGUGGAAAGGCCUUUACACAGUUGUCUCAUCUCAAGCUACAUCAGAGGAUCCAUUCUGGAGAAAAGCCACAUCAGUGUCUGCAGUGUGGAAAGGCCUUUACACUAAAGGGUGCACUCAAGAACCAUCAGAGGAUCCAUACAGGAGAAAAGCCAUAUCAGUGUUCACAGUGUGGAAAGGCUUUUACACAUAAGCAUAAUCUUCAGGACCAUCAGAGGAUCCAUUCUGGAGAAAAGCCACAUCAGUGUUUGCUGUGUGGAAAGGCCUUUGCACAGAAGUCUAAUCUCAAGCUACAUCAGAGGACUCAUACUGGACAAAAGCCACAUGAGUGUGCUACAUGUGGAAUGACCUUUAGUCAAGUCUCCAGCCUCAAGAUGCAUCAGAGGAUCCACACGGGUGACAAGCCAUAUCAGUGUUCACAGUGUGGAACGGCCUUUACACAAAAGGGUCAUCUCAAGAUACAUCAGAGGAUCCAUACUGGAGAAAAGCCACAUCAGUGUUUGCAGUGUGGAAAGGCUUUUACACAUAAGUUUAAUCUUAAUAAACAUCAGAGGAUCCACUCUGGAGAAAAGCCACAUCAGUGUUCACAGUGUGGAAAGGAUUUUACACGAAAGGCUGAUCUCAAGAAUCAUCAGAGGAUCCAUACUGGAGAGAAGCCACAUCAGUGUUUGCAGUGUGGAAAGGCCUUUACACAGAAGUGUCAACUCAAGCUACAUCAGAGGAUCCAUUCUGGAGAAAAGCCACAUCAGUGUUUGCAGUGUGGAAAGGCCUUUACACAGAAGGCUUUUCUCGAACUGCAGCUGGCCUCGUCGACAGAGAAUUAG